AUGGAACCUACACCUAGCGCUACCGGGUCCGGGUCCGGGUCCCUCCGGAUUCCCAAGCCCUCAGACGUCGUUCCCUCGUCGUCACCCGACGUCGCCGAGGUGGUGGAUUCGCCGACGUCACCGGCCUCCCCUGACGCCCUGGCACGGUUCGAAUUCGAGGCCGGCCGCGGCAACGACGGGUCCAAGAUCCUGAUGGUCGAGUGGGACCCGGCGCCGACGGCGGAGGAUGGUUGGGUAGUGACAUGGGAGGGUAAAAGGGCCACGUUUCCCGUCAGCGAGCGGGUGGAGCCGGACGGGGACGAGAACGGGAGCAAAAACGGGGCAGCGAAUAAGAAGAGCAACGGCGACGACGAGGGGGGGAAGCGUCGACACCAGCAGCAGCGACGCCAACGGAUCUACUUCCUGCUCCCGUCGGGCGCCACGGUGCCGCCGGCGGUGACGAUCACGCACGCGGCGUCAGGCCGCGCGCUGACGGCGCGGUCGAUGCCGGCCAUCUUCGCGCCGGGCCUCGGCAUCGGGACGCGGGACGCGGGGCGGCGGGGCGUACUGCACACGGCCUGGGCGCGGCUGCGGGCCGGGCAGCUGCAGGACGAGAUCCGGCGCGAGCUGCGGGACAACAGCGAGAGUGUCGGCCUCGAGAUGGCGGUCCAGGAGCGCCUGUGGAUCAUCGACCACUUCGGGCUCGACGACCUGCUCGCCGAGGCCAGCGCCGCUGCUGCAUCUCGCGCGCGGUCGGAGGCGGAGCCGCGCCCCCCCGUCUCACCGCAGAGCCCGCGGUCCCCCGUCGGCGGCCGCUUAGGCGAGAAGCUGAAAGGCUUGAAGUUGGCGACUUCGCCGACAGAACUGGCAAAUCCUCUACCGAGGGCCGCCGGCGUCGUGUCGCUCGACGCGGUUCUCGGGAGCGGUUCCAGGGGCGAGGCCGGGAAGCAGGAGGGGUCGGCGCCGCCACCCGAGAUACAGAGCAAAGAGACGGAGGACGAGCUGUUCGCGCUGCCGAUGAGCCCGCGCAGCCCCGAGAUGAAGACCAGUCCGUUUAGCUUCCUAAAGUAA